UUUUUUUUGUUUUCGGUAUGGUUCGAUUAAUUUGGAUUUUUUUUGGUUCUCGGUACUAAGCUCUCAUUCGGGUUUUACUAAUUUUUGGAUCGUGUUAGGCUGGGUUUGGUUUCUUCCAGAUUCAGUUCAGUUCUUUUUGGGUUCGGUUCGAGUUGUAUCCAAAUCUGAAAGUAAAUAAAUUUGAAUAUUUUUUAUAACGGAUUUGAUCAGAUUUUUUUUUUCCAGUUUUGGUUAAGGUUUGGAUUUCAAUUUGCUGUAAAAACGCCCAUGCCUAUUUUGAAGGUUGACGAAGAGGGAGUUCUAAGUUUUGUUCUUGACGAAAUCUCCACUAAUUAAUCUUUCUAAAUUGCCAAACUGCUUUUCUAUUCAAUAAUUAAUAUAAUCAAAUCAUUAUAUUGUCCGAACAUUUACCAUUUCUUCUCAUUAGAAGAUUCCUAGCAACUACUAACCGUCGUAAUCUUUGAACACUACAAAAAUAAGUCACAUUGUUAAACUGUAGCAGAUGUAGACGUUAGGAUAUAAUAUAUGGGCUAGUUUUUGGUCCUCCUUACAUUACAUUGACAUGGUCUUGUUUGUGUAGCUUUGUGGAAAAAUGUCGGCCAAAAUGAGUCAACAGAACAUCUCAAGACUUGAGGUUUAUUUCCUAUAAGAAUUAGACUUAAAAAUAAACCUUAAAAGAGGUUCAAAGUUAGAGAGAAGAGAUCAAAGAGAGGUAGAAUAUGAAGAUUCAGAGUCUGUUCUUGCUGGCCAUUUUCUCUCUUGCUUAUACACAUCUGGUCAAGGGCCAAUCUUUGUCAGGUUGCCAAACUAGAUGUGGCAACGUCUCAAUCGAGUACCCUUUUGGCACUUCUCAAGGAUGUUACUAUGGCGGCGAUAAUAGUUUCAAACUCACAUGUAACGAAACAAAUAAGCUAAUCUUUGGCGGCAAUGAAGUGAUCAACAUCACGCACAACGGCGAGCUACGUGUCCUGGUUACUAGAUCCUAUGUUUGUUACAACAGCCAAGGGAACCAGACUGGCCGUAGUAACCGGUGGACUAGGCUUGGUAACUUAACAUUCUCCGACAAGAACAGAUUCACUGCAGUAGGAUGUAACACUUACGCGUUUCUCAACACUAACGAAGUUGGAAAUUACUCAGUUGGGUGCAUGUCAACAUGUAGCACUCCUAGGGAGACAAAUGGAACAUGUUCUAGUGGAGGUUGCUGCCAGACUUCUCUUCCUAGAAGGAUCAACUACUUCAGAGUAAGACCAUAUAGCUUUUCAAACCAUACUUCUGUUCAUAGCUUCAACCCUUGCAGCUACGCCUUUCUAGUGGAAGAUGGUAUGUUUAACUUCAGAUCUUCAGAGGAUCUUAUGAAUCUGAGGAAUAUCACGAGGUUCCCUGUGGUACUGGAUUGGUCUAUUGGUAAACAUUCAUGUCAGCAAGUUGGAAGCGCAAACAUAUGCGGUUGGAACAGUGAAUGUUCCAACUCUGUCCGUGGAACCGGUUACAUCUGCAAAUGUAAGGAAGGGUUUGAUGGGAAUCCAUACCUUUCAAAUGAGAAGGGUUGCAAAGACAUCAAUGAGUGUACUACUAGUAGUACUGUCCACAAACAUAACUGUUCAGACUCCAGCACCUGUGUAAACACCAUGGGACACUUCCUUUGUACUUGCCCAUCUGGUUUCAACUUAAAUGCCACCACCAAUAGCUGCAUGCGUAAAGGCAGGCCUGAAUAUUAUGGAUGGACUCAAAUUUUUCUUGGAACAAGCAUCGGCUUCUUAGUCAUCCUACUUGUGGUUAGCUGUGUACAAAGGAAAAUGAAACACAAGAAAAACACCGAGCUCCGAAAACACUUCUUUGAGCAAAACGGUGGUGGCAUGUUGAGACAGAGACUGUCAGGAGCAGGGCCAUCAAAUGUUGAGGUCAAGAUCUUUACUGAGGAAGGCAUGAAGGAAGCAACUAAUGGUUAUGAUGAAAGUAGAAUCCUCGGUCAGGGAGGCCAAGGAACAGUCUACAAAGGUAUUUUACCGGACAACUCGGUAGUUGCUAUAAAGAAGGCUCGUCUUGGAGACAGCAGCCAAGUAGAGCAGUUCAUCAACGAAGUGCUUGUGCUUUCACAAAUCAACCAUAGGAAUGUGGUCAAGCUCUUGGGUUGCUGUUUAGAGACUGAAGUUCCUUUACUGGUGUAUGAGUUCAUUAACAGUGGCACCCUUUUUGAUCACUUGCACGGUUCCUUGUUUGAUUCUUCUCUUACAUGGGAACACCGGUUGAGGAUAGCAGUGGAGAUUGCUGGAACUCUCGCUUAUCUUCACUCUUCUGCCUCUAUUCCAAUCAUCCAUAGAGAUGUCAAGACUGCUAAUAUUCUCCUUGAUGAAAACUUAACUGCAAAGGUAGCUGACUUUGGUGCUUCAAGGCUGAUACCGAUGGAUAAAGAGCAGCUCACAACUAUGGUGCAAGGAACUCUAGGCUACUUAGACCCUGAAUACUACAACACAGGGUUGUUGAACGAAAAGAGCGAUGUUUAUAGCUUCGGGGUAGUCCUCAUGGAGCUGCUCUCUGGUCAAAAGGCAUUGUGCUUUGAUAGGCCACAGACCUCAAAACAUCUUGUGAGUUACUUUGCUUCUGCCAUGAAAGAGAAAAGGUUGCAUGAGAUUAUUGACGGCCAAGUAAUGAAUGAGGAUAAUCAAAAGGAGAUACAGGAAGUUGCAAGAAUCGCUGUUGAGUGUACAAGACUGAUGGGAGAGGAAAGACCAAGGAUGAAAGAAGUAGCUGCUGAGCUUGAGGGCUUGAGAGGCACAAAAACCAAGCAUAAGUGGUCGGAACAGUAUCCUGAACCACAAGAGGCUGAGCACUUGCUCGGUGUUGAAAUCUUAUCAGCACAAGGGGAUACUAACGCCAUUGGCUAUGACAGCAUCAUGAAUGUAACAAGAUUACACAUUGAAGCUGGCCGCUAAUAUUUGUCAGUCUAGCUCUCACAUAAUCUCAUCUAUAUCUUUAUUGGUUCUCUCCUCUUUUGUCCUCUUAAACAUUUUAAAAACCAGUGUAUCAAAUAUGACAUUCACGAACAUUUCUGCUUCGAGAGUUUCUUGUAAAUCGUUAUGUUAAUAAAACCCCUGAAUUGGGAUGCCAACUGGUAGCCGAUCCUUCUAUGCUUAAAUGGGCCUUCGGUAUGCUUAAGCGGACCUUCAGUAUACCAUCUUGAACUCACAGUUUUAGGAAUCAUUAUAUAAAUAAUUGAUAAAUGAUUAUUUAUAUAAUGAUUAUCAAUUAUUAUAUAAAUCAUCCCGACUAAGUUGAUAAUUUUCACCUCAAGUAUAUAUAAACUUGAUUCUUUUGUGUUGCUUGGUGUGAUGUUUCUAAGAGACUGCAAGAAUACACAGAUCAUUUUAUACAAUGAUAUGAGGUAAAUCAACCAGAAUUUACUAUGCUUAGUUAUAUAUAUAUCUAAUUUUUGAAAUCUGCGUAAAUUAGGUAUAUAUAACCAAAAUAAGUGAUUCGAGAUAGUAACUUCUAAGGAUAUGCAUCAAAAUCAACUCAUAUCCACAAAUUGCGAAAACAAAGCCAAACUAAAAGAGAAAUAUAAAAUGGUCGGAAGAGACGAAUUGGUUUGUUUUUUUUUUUUUGGUAAACUGGCUUUACGAAUUGGUUUAUUGCAUGAGAGGAGAUAAGUGUUAAGCCGUUUGAGAAGCAAAUAUUGAAAAAGUUCUGAAAAUAUCCAAAGUAACUGUAAACCUAUAUUAUAAUUCUAAAUUCAAAUAUUCUAACUGUUACAAAGGUGUUGAAAAAUCAAACAUUGAAAAUAACUUAAAAGAUUUAUUUGACCCAUUCUUCUUUAUGAACUAUAGUCUAUAGGGCAUCCGCAUUGGAGAGUAUCUCCACAAUUUUUUCAUGAUUAAAACAAUAAAAAAAAAACAAAAAAGUAA